AUGUCCGGCUUUCACUACGCGUUCUCACUGCCCAAAUCCGCCGUCCAGCAAGCGACGCCUCCUGGGACAGUCGAGCUUUAUGAUCAUGAGGCAGGACCAACAUCCGAGUCAGCCCUCGGCCCUCAACUGCGUGUGUCACCAACGCCGUCAAUCUGCCCGUCCGAUCCAUUGAAUUGGAGUCUCUGGAGGAAGGCUAUGGCCCUUCUCUCCGCCUCGGUCUACUGUUUCGUAGCCAACGUUGCAUCCGCUUCCCUGUCCAGCGCCUUGACCUUUCUCGCGACGGACUUUCACCCACCAGUGCCCCAGGCACACCUCAGCCACUUGAUUGCCGUCAAUGUCUUGAUGCUUGGCUGUGCCAAUAUCUGGUGGGUCCCUCUCUCGAACGUGUUUGGUCGCCGACCCAUCAUCCUCGCCAGUCUGGUGAUGCUCACGCUGUGCUCCGUAUGGGCAGCCAAAACCACCUCCUUCAAUAGUCUAUUGGCUGCCAGGGUCUUCCAGGGCAUUGCCGGUGCAGCUGCGGAUACAAUUUGUCCAGGUGUGAUAGGCGAAAUCUAUUUUCGUCACCAGCGAGGAAGAGCAAUGGCUAUAUACACUAUCUUCCUAGUCCUAGGCCCGAUUAUCGGUGGUACCAUCGGGAGCUAUAUCGCUCAUGCUUGGGGAUGGCGGUGGACACAGUGGCUCAACGUUAUUAUCUCCGGGAUUUCACUCCUCGCGUGCUUCUUCUGCCUCCCAGAAACGCUUUUUGAUCGAGAUGCUGCCAUUGCCAUGGCUGCCGCGACCCAAGAUAUUGGACAAUCAGAGGAAGAUAAGCCGACUGGAUUUGACAAGCCCAAUAUCGAAGAGCAUGAACAGAUAGACCGGUCCGUUCCGGUACAGGCGUAUGAGCCCUACACAUUUGCGAGUUCUCUGAAGGUCGGACUGUAUCGUGGCGGUCUAUGGCAACAUUUCAUGGCGCCUUGGAAAACCCUUCGAUUUCCCGCUGUAUGGCUGGUCAUGUUGCAUUACGGGGGUCUGGUGGGUGGUGUUGUGACGAUUUCCACUGUGGGUCCACAGUUUGUGUCCGCGCCUCCAUAUAGCUGGGGUGCAAAUUCGGGCCUGAUCAAUAUUGGCGGCUUGAUCGGCAGCAUUGCUGGAGCAGCUUUCACCUUUUACCUCUCAGACUACGUCCUGAAGCGGCAGGCAAUGCGCCAAACGAAUGGGCUCAGUGAGCCUGAAGCCCGUCUGCCAGCCCUAUUUCCGGGGCUACUUCUUGCUACGACGGGCCUCCUCACAUUUGGCUUCUGCGGGAAAUACAUUUCCAACCUCGGGUGGCUCGGCCUCCAAUUCGGUUAUGGGAUGCUCACCUUCGGGGUCAUGCAGGUUCCUUCUAUUGGGUUCAACUAUAUUAUCGAGUCCUAUCCCGUGGUUGCCCAUGAUUGCUUUGUGAUGAUUACCUGUCUGCGAGCAAUUGUAGCCUUCGCAUGGACCUUUUUCGUCGGAUCGUGGGUUGAGGCGCGUGGAGCUGCUGAGCCUUUCGGUGUAUUUGGUAUGUUGAUGGGGUUAGCUGGGUUAUUGACGUUUCCUAUAUACUUUUAUGGUAAAAGAAUCCGAAUUGCGACACAGAAAUGGGCUCCUGGUCAAGGCGAGUGA